UUUCCCCACAUGGUAUCCGGCUUCUCAUCGGUCUAUUCUGAUGCUUUGGUCGUGUUUACUGUGACUUUGACUUUAUCACUAAAUAUAUGGCGAACUUAGCUCUUGCCGCCGCAGCAGCCGCAGCUGCCAGGGAUCCUGCCGUGGACCGCUCGUUGCGUUCGGUUUUCGUGGGAAACAUUCCAUAUGAGGCCACAGAGGAGCAACUGAAAGACAUCUUCUCCGAGGUUGGACUUGUCGUCAGUUUUAGGUUGGUGUAUGACAGAGAAACAGGUAAGCCAAAGGGAUAUGGCUUUUGUGAGUACCAGGAUCAGGAGACGGCGCUCAGUGCCAUGCGUAACCUGAACGGCAGAGAGUUUAGUGGCAGAGCCCUCCGCGUCGACAACGCUGCUAGUGAGAAGAAUAAAGAGGAGCUCAAAAGUUUGGGUACUGGUGCCCCCAUUAUUGAGUCCCCUUAUGGAGACGGCUGCACAACAGAAGAAGCCCCAGAGUCCAUCAGCAGGGCAGUAGCCAGCCUGCCCCCUGAGCAGAUGUUUGAGCUUAUGAAACAGAUGAAGCUCUGUGUGCAGAACAGUCCCCAGGAGGCCAGGAACAUGCUCUUGCAGAACCCUCAGCUGGCCUAUGCCUUGCUGCAAGCUCAGGUGGUCAUGAGGAUUGUAGAUCCUGAAAUCGCUCUGAAAAUGCUUCACCGUCCGGCUGUAGUUCAGCCCAUUAACCCGAGCCCUCAGCCCGGGCCGGUGCCGGUACCCAACCAACCCCUCCCUCAGCCCAAUGUCCCUGUCUCUCAGCCACAACCAAUGCCUGGUAUGCAUGUGAACGGAGCCCCCCAAAUGAUGCAGCCUCCACAGAUGGGUGGUGGAGUACCUGGACCAAUGCCAGGACAGGGACCCAUGGGACCAGCUGGUGGGAUGCAGCCUCAGAUAGGGAUCCCAUCAGGAGGCCCUGUGCCCAUGGAUAGGGGACCAGCACAGGACAUAUUUAGAGCAGCUCCAGAAGGGCUCAGUGCUGAGGACUGGGUCAGUGGUACAAAGACAAGAACCCUUCAGGACUCUUCUGUGGGAGCAGCCGGGCAGGCUGCUAUCGAGCGGCCUCAAGUGCCAAUAGUAGACCCACGUGCCCCAAUGCGAGGGGCCCCGCAAGGCCCUCCAGGGAUCCCACCCAGAGGCCUUCUUGGUGAUGGUCCGAAUGACCCACGAGGUGGAUCUUUGGUCAAUGUUACUGGAGACGUCGUGGAGCCGGGGCGUGGUUACAUCGGAGGCCCCCCGCAACAUCAGGGACCGCCCAUGCAUAUGGCUCCCCCAGACAUGCGUGGUCCUCUUGACAUGAGAGGAGGACCCAUGAUGGGAGAACCUAGAGGUCCUAUGAUGGACCAGCGUGGUCCACCCAUGGAGGCAAGAGGUCGUGAUCCAAGAGCUGUUGAUGCUCGGGGUCCCAUAUCUGGCCAGAGGGUUCCUGUUGCUGGUGGAAUGCAGGGUCCUCCGCCCCACGGCAUGGGGCAAAGUGCACCUCCAGCAGUGAGACCAGGUCCUACGCCUGAUGUGUCAUCACAAGACCACGAAAAGGCUGCCUUGAUUAUGCAGGUUUUGCAGCUGACCCCAGAACAGAUCGCCAUGUUGCCACCAGAGCAGAGACAGAGUAUCCUGAUACUAAAGGAACAGAUUCAGAAGACAGCAGGCGCCCCCUGAAGACGACUCUUUUUGUUUCCUUCUCAUUUGUCCUAAAACUCGUUAUUAUGAUAAAAUUACAGGCUCUGACAUUCAAGUGAAUGAAACAGUGUUUUUUUUUUUUGUUAUGUAACAGAAUGAGACAUGGUUAAUUUGGGUAAGUGCAAGAGAACAACAGACAACCUAUCACCUGGAUGCUUUUGUAUUGUUUUGCAAGAUCUGUAACAUUCGUUUUUGUUUUCUAGUGAUAUUUUUAUUUUUUAGUGAAAUCAGUUGUUUAUUAAUAGUGUUUUACUAUCUACUGCUAAUGAAAAAAAUAAAGAACUAAAUUGUGAAAUAAA